UGGCCGAGGGCCGGAGCACCCAUGGCGGAGGGCGGCGGCCCUGACGGGCGGGCCGGUCUGGGGUCCGCAGGUCCUAAUCUGAAGGAGUGGCUACGGGAGCAGUUUUGUGACCAUCCGCUGGAGCACUGUGAGGACACGAGGCUCCACGAUGCAGCCUAUGUGGGGGACCUCCAGACCCUCAGGAGCCUGUUGCAAGAGGAGAGCUACCGGAGCCGCAUCAAUGAGAAGUCCGUCUGGUGCUGUGGCUGGCUGCCCUGCACGCCGCUGCGGAUCGCAGCCACUGCGGGCCAUGGGAGCUGUGUGGACUUCCUUAUCCGGAAGGGGGCCGAGGUGGACCUGGUGGACGUGAAGGGGCAGACAGCCCUAUAUGUUGCUGUGGUAAACGGGCACCUGGAGAGUGCCCAGAUCCUUCUGGAAGCUGGCGCAGAUCCCAAUGGAAGCCGACACCAUCGCAGCACCCCGGUCUACCAUGCCUCCCGUGUGGGCAGGGCGGACAUCCUGCAGGCCCUCAUCAGGUAUGGUGCUGACGUUGAUGUCAACCACCACCUGACUCCUGACAUCCAGCCCCCAUUCUCCCGGCGGCUCACCUCCCUGGUGGUCUGUCCCUUGUACAUCAGCGCGGCCUACCACAACCUCCAGUGCUUCCGGCUGCUGCUCCUGGCUGGGGCAAACCCUGACUUCAACUGCAACGGUCCUGUCAACACGCAGGGGUUCUACAGGGGCUCCCCUGGGUGUGUCAUGGAUGCUGUCCUGCGUCAUGGCUGUGAGGCGGCCUUUGUGAGCCUGCUGGUGGAGUUUGGAGCCAACCUGAACCUGGUAAAGUGGGAAUCACUGGGCCCAGAGGCGAGAGGCAGAAGGAAGGUGGACCCUGAGGCCUUGCAGGUCUUUAAAGAGGCCAAAAGUGUUCCCAGGACCUUGCUGAGUUUGUGCCGCGUGGCUGUGAGAAGAGCUCUUGGCAAAUACCGACUUCAUCUGAUUCCCUCACUGCCUCUGCCAGAACCCAUAAAAAAGUUUCUACUUUAUGAAUAGAAAACAAGUGCAGCGUUGGUUACAGUGAGGGAGAAGCUGAUCUGCAGGGAAAAAAAUGGACACCGACUCUCGAACCUGUGACCUAUGUCCCAUGCUGCUGGCUGAAUCCCGACUGGCUGUUGGUAGAAAAGAACUGGACUUGUCCUGAUUGGAUUGUAAUUCCACCUCAGGUGCUGGGCCAUCGGACAGUCCUGGGUCGUUGUCAGCCAAGAGGCUCUUACAAAACUUAACUUUGUUCUUCC